AUGAAACGAAGUCAUAAGUUGUUAGCUUUAGCUAACAAAAAUUAUAUGCCAUUAACAAAAUUCAAAACAAAACCUACUGUAAGUAAUGAAGUAUUAAAUACUAAUGAAAGCUAUUUAGAAAACUGGACGGUAAAUGAUGACAACGUUGAAAUUGAUUUAAAUGCUAUUAAUCAAAUUAGAUCAGAUGUAAAUUUAAACAAAGAUAAUCUAAACGGUGUUAACAUUAACGAUUUUGAUAUUGUAUUUGAAGGAACCAUUACCAAUGAUUGUAAUAGUUUUUUAAAAGAGGUUAGUUUAAAUGAAGAGAAUAUAGUUAUUGAACCAAAUGCUUUUCCUGACACUUUUGAUGAGAUUGUCAUAAAUAAUGACAGCAAUGUAUUUGAACCAAAUAAUAUUUCUGAUAUUCUUUUGAAUAAUGUACAAUUGGAAGGUAAUAAUGACAAUUUGAAGCAAUUUUCUCGUAGUUCUAAAAAACUACAAACAAAAAAUAGAGUUGCUGGAACAUCUUAUAUUAGUUAUAAAUUAGUUGAUGGAAAUCUAACUAAAAAGUGUGUAAUUGAUAGUCGAGAAAUAAAACCUAGGUGCAAACAUUCUGAAAAAGUUCAAAAAACAAAAAACACUUUUAUGUGUGGACUUUUUUCUGAAGAGGACAGAAAGCGUUUAUUCAAACAGUUCUGGUCAUUUAAGACUUGGGACGAAAAAAAAGGUUAUGUCAGAGGUCUAGUGCAGACAAGAGAAAUUGUAAGAAGAAGAAAAUUAAAAAAGAAUAAGAUACUAAAAAAAAAGGAGAGUAAAAAUAUUGCAUUACCUUUGGGUACAGAAAAAAGAAAAGUCUGCAGACAUUUUUUUUUAAGUACACUUUGUCUGGGUGAAAACAGCUUUAAACGUUGGACAAAAUCAUAUGAACUUGUAACUGAUUCGGAAACAGAAGCUGAUGAGUUACCUGAUAGUAAAACAAAUAAUUCUCAAGGUACAACUAAUAACAAUUCUGAACUAUUAACAGCACCUAGAAAAAUUAAAAAGAAAGAGAUGGUAAUCAAAAUUAAGGAAUGGAUUGAAUUAUUGCCUAAGGUUCCUAGCCACUAUUGUAGGAAAUCAACCUCCAAAAUAUAUGUAGAGUCAACUUUUUUUUCACUGUCAGAUAUGUUUAGAGUAUACAGUGCUUGGAUUAUUGAACAGGGGUUUUUAUCAGCUUCAAAAACUUUAUUUCUAAAUACAUUAAAAUCAGAAAAAAUAUCAAUUCAUAAACCAAGGAAAGACCAGUGUGAUGUUUGCUGUGGUCACAAACAUGGUACUAUUGAGGAAAAUGAGUAUAAUGCUCAUUUAGAAAGGAAAACUUUAGCUCGAGAAGAAAAAAACCGUCAAAAAAGUUUGGCUAGUAAUACCAAAAUUGUUAUUACAAUGGACUUGGAAAGUGUACUUUUAUGCCCACUUACUAAUGCAUCAGCAAUGUACUAUAAACAAAAAUUGCAAGUACACAAUUUCACUAUUUAUAGAUUACAUGAUCAUGAUGUUACUCUUUAUGUAUGGCAUGAAAGCAAUGGACAUGUAACAGCAAAUGAAUUUACAUCUUGUAUUAUAGAUUACAUAUCCAAUUUAUCUACUGAAGUCAAUGAAGUAACCUUAAUAUCUGAUGGCUGCAAUUAUCAAAAUCGAAAUAAAACUUUGGCUUCAGCUCUUAGUAUGGUUGCUAAAAAAAAAAAUAUAAUCAUAGAGCAAUUAUAUUUAACUAAAGGGCAUACAAUGAUGGAGGCGGAUAGUGUUCACUCAACAUUAGAGAAGAUUUUUAAACCUCCAAUUUAUUCUCCUUCAGAUUAUAUUGCUAGAAUGAGACUUGCCAGACCAAAACAACCAUAUAAUAUUAAAGUACUAAAUUUUGAUUUUUUUUUUAACUAUGAUAAAACAUGCACACUGAAUUCCUUACGUCCUGGUAAAAAAGUAGGUGACAGGGUCGUUACAGACAUAUGCAGAAUUUUGUAUUGUUCAAAUGGGAAUAUAUUUUUCAAGACUGACUUCACAGAUAACUGUGGAAAUGCUAAUGAUUGGGAAUGUUUAGCUGAGAUAUCAAACUGUAAUCGUGUAUCAAGAUCAAACUCAAACUCUAGUGAGCUUAUACCUUUAUAUAAUAGUCCAUUACCUAUAACUAAAGGAAAGUAUGAUGAUUUACAAUCAUUAAAACCAAUUAUAGAAAAAGAUCACUAUCCAUUUUAUGACAACUUACCGCAUACAAAUGACCAGAAGAAGAAAAAAACAAUUUAG